AUGGAGAAGAGAAAGCAAGAGGACGGUGAUCGCAUGAAGAAUAAAAAGAGACCAGUUCUUGCUGAUGAGGAUGAUACUGUAAAAGAUGAAGAAGUUGAGGAGUUUUUUGCAAUAUUAAGAAGAGUAAACGUUGCAGUUAAGUACUUUAAGAGUAAUAAAGAUGGUAAGAAAUUAUGGAAACCGGCUUUUAAGGCGGCGGAUUUUGAAGAUGUUGAUCGCCGGAGCAAGCAGAACGAUGAUUUUGUCGAUGAGAAUACGGGUUUGGAUCUGAACUCGGAUCCUCCAUCGGAAGAUAUAUGA